UAAGAUCCUCUUGUCGUAGACUAAAAUGAUUUUUAUGUCGUGGAAUUGUAGAGGAGCGGCUAGCAAGGCCUUUAGUCGCACUCUUAGAGAAUUAACCAAGGUGUAUAAACCUGAUUUAGUUAUUCUUAUGGAGACUAGAUGUAGUGGUGAUAAUGCAAAAAAGGCUAUCAGAAGUUUUGGGUUUGAUUUUUAUCAUAUAGAAGAGGCUCAGGGAUACAGCGGAGGUAUUUGGAUUAUGUGGAAAGAUCCAAAUUUGGACAUAAGAGUUGUCCAAUCCAGAAUGCAAUUUGUUCACAUGACUAUGAAAAAUGGCUCUAAUGAAUCUUGGGCUCUAACGGCUGUGUAUGCUAGCCCCCAAGAAUCAAGGAGAAAGGAGUUAUGGGCAGAGUUGAAGACUAUAAGUGUCACCUUAACUGGAGGGUGGCUGGUAGUGGGAGAUUUUAAUGAUAUUGCUCACCCAACAGAGAAGAAAGGAGGUAGUAGAGUUGACAUGGGUGCUUGUAAGAGAUUUAAGAGUUGGAUAGAAAGUUGUUCGCUCAUUGAUUUGGGGGCAGUAGGAGCCAGAUUCACUUGGAGAGGUCCCCUGUGGGAGAACCUCGACAGAGUAUUCAAAAGACUCGAUCAAGCACUCUCUAAUAUUGACUGGGGUUUGAUGUUCCCGGAAGCCAGAGUUGAUGUGUUGGCCAGAAGAAAUUCUGAUCAUCACCCGUUGCUGAUCAAUACAAAGCCUCAAGCUAAUACGAGAAUAGAAAAGCCUUUUCGCUAUGAAGCCAUGUGGAGUAUGCACCCUGGACAUAAGGAAUUCAUCAAACAGGCUUGGGAAAGCAACCAACCACUGACAACAGCGCUUAACGGGACAACGAGGCAUCUGAUAAAGUGGAACAAAGAUGUGUUUGGACAUGUUGGAAGGCAGAAGAGAAGACUUAUUAACAGGAUUGAAGGCAUACAAAGAGCUUCCAGCUAUGGGAAAAAUCCAUUCUUAGAAAAACUAGAGGCGAAGUUAAAUGAAGAAUUAGAAGACAUUUUAGACAAGGAAGAAGUUUUAUGGAUGCAGAAGUCUAGAGAUCUUUGGGUGGUGGAUGGAGACCGCAAUACCCGAUACUACCACACUAGAACAGUGAUUAGAAGAAGAAGGAAUAAGAUCUUGAAGUUGAAAGACCAACAAGGAGAUUGGAUCGAAAAAGAUGAAGAUUUGAAAAGACAUGCCAUUGAUUUCUUCAAAUGCUUAUAUGAGGAAGAGAAUGAAACUGGUGGUGGCCUUGUGACUCAAAGCCAAUAUCCACCUUUGGAACCUAGCAUCAAAGAGCAGAUUUACAAAAAACCAGAGAAGAAUGAAGUGAAAUAUGCAAUUUUUAAUAUUGGUUCGCUGAAAGCGCCAGGACCGGACGGAUAUCCAGCCCUCUUCUUCAAAGAAAACUGGGAUAUUGUUAAGCAAAAUGUUUUUGAUUAUAUCCAAACUGUGUGGUUGAACCCAGACACAAUAAGAGACAACAAUGCAACCCUCAUAACCCUUAUCCCGAAAGUGAAACAGCCGGACUCAAUCACCCUUUUUCGUCCCAUUUCAUUGUGCAAUGUGACUUACAAGUGUGUAUCGAAGAUAAUAGUAGAAAGGCUCAAACCGACCUUGAAGGAUAGAAUUUCUCCGUAUCAUUCAAGCUAUGUUCCAGGGAGAAAAAUCCAUGAUAACAUAUUGAUUGCUAAAGAGAUGACACACAUUAUGAAAAAGAUGAAGGGGAGACGAGGAUUCAUGGCUAUAAAAUUUGAUUUCGAGAAGGCCUACGAUAGAGUUCGCUGGAGUUUCUUGAAGGAAUGUCUAGACGGUUUCGAUGUGGGAGCUCAAUUAACAAAUCUCAUCAUGGAAUGUGUCUCUUCAGUGUCCUAUAACUUGCUGUGGAAUGGUGGGAAGACUGAGAGUUUCAGACCGACAAGGGGAAUCAGACAAGGAGACCCCAUCUCGCCUUACCUCUUUGUUAUUGUCAUGGAUAAGCUCUCUCACUUGAUUGAAGACCUUGUGGCUAGCGAGUCUUGGAAACCUAUAAGUGUCGGAAGACAAGGACCGAAGAUCUCCCACUUGCUCUUCGCAGAUGACUUACUAGUGUUUGCGGAAGCAAACGAAGAACAGAUACAGGUUGUGAUGAAUUGCAUGAAGACCUUCUGUGAAGCAUCAGGCUUAAAGAUUAGUAUUUUAAAAACAUCGGUGGUGUUUUCAUCAAAUGUCAAAAAGGGAGAAAAAGAAGCAAUUUGUAAAAAAUGCAACUAUCAGGAAAAAUCAUGUCUGGGUCGAUACUUGGGAGCAAUGCUAACAAAUCACAGGAGAGGCAAGGACAAAUUCAAAAAUGUUGUAGAAAGGAUGCAGAGUAAGUUGAAGGGCUGGAAAAUGAAUUGUUUGUCAUUGGCGGGCAGGAUUACUUUGACAAAAUCGGUUCUUAGUCCGAUGACCAAUUUUGAAAUGCAACAUUCAAAACUGCCAAAAGGUCUUUGCAAUGAAUUAGAGAGAAUGCAGAGAAGCUUUAUUUGGGGAGAAGGGCCAGACCAGAAAAAGAUUUAUCAUCUCAAUUGGAACACCUUAUGCCAACCGAAGCUACAAGGAGGUUUAGGAAUGAGGAAGAUCCAAACUAUGAAUGAUGCUUUUUUGUUGAAAUCAGUUUGGAGAUUUAUAAAAGAGCCUGAAGCGUUGUGGUCACAGGUGCUUAUACACAAGUAUAAGGAGGGUCCUUGCUUACAAAGCAAACCCACUGAUUCUCCUUUUUGGAAAGACAUUACAAAAUUAUGGCCUACUUUAAAAGAAUACUGCUCAGUUGCUAUUGGAGAUGGCUCUACUACCUCCUUCUGGAAUGAUGUUUGGGUACAAAAUGAAGGAUACCUCAGCAGCAAAGCUCUCACACCCAUUCCAGAGGAGCAAAAGAAUUGGAAGGUAGUUGAAUACACAAAUGGCAGAGGCGAAUGGGAUUUAGAGAAUCUCGUGGCUCUACUUCCCACAGAAGUCCUAAACAAAAUUAGAUCAAUACCUCCACCAAAGGACAGUCAAGGUGAAGAUAGAAUAAGAUGGAACCACACGGCAAAUGGAGAUUUCACAGUAGCUUUGGCCUACAGAAUAUUAAUAAAUCACUCAUCCAUGGAGACUAAAAGGAUAUGGAAAGUCAUAUGGAGGUGGAAAGGACCAGAGAGGAUCAGAGUGUUUAUGUGGCAAGCAGCACAUGGAAGGCUCCUAACAGCAAGUAGAAAAUCCCGCAUGAUGAGAACAGACCCAAACUGUCAUAGAUGUCAUCGAAUACUUGAGACUGGGUUACAUGCUCUAAGAGAUUGUCCAUAUGCAGCAUCAAUUUGGGUCGAGUUGGUUCAACCUAGUGCAAUUGCAGUUUUCUUUGGAAUGAAUCUGGCUGAAUGGUUAGACUUUAACCUCUCAAAUCAGAUCGGAAAAUCAUCAAAUCACAACUGGAUAGAUGAAUUCUUUGUAGCGUGUUGGAGAAUAUGGAAGUGGAGAAAUCAAGACCUCUUCUCACAACAACAAGCUACAAGGCCAAGGAAUGCGGUAACAAUCAUUAGGGACUCAGUGAGCAAUUAUAAAGAAGCAGUUAAGAAGAAGCUAAUUAAAGGGGAAUCUGAGAAUAUUCAAAACCGCCGGCAAGCCUGGGAACCACCACCCAGGGGUUGGGUGAAAUUAAAUACCGAUGGAUCAGUCAAAGAAGAAGCAAAGAAAGCGGGUUGCGGGGGACUUUUGAGAACGCAACAAGGGGAGUGGAUUGGGGGUUUCACUGCAAACUUGGGAUACUGCCAGAUAACACAAGCAGAAAUGUGGGCAGUUCUAUAUGGAUUACAAAUGGCAUGGAAUUUAGGAAUGAGAAGGGUGAUUGUGGAGAUGGAUGCCAUAGAAGUUUUAAAAGAAAUCAACACACACCAAUCAACUAAAACAAUAGAUCCAAUUCUAAGGGAAAUAGAAGAGUACAAAGAACGUUCUUGGGAAAUUAAGUUCCAGUAUGCAAACAGAGAAACUAACCAAUGUGCAGAUUGGCUUGGAAAAAUCAGCACUAACCAUCAAUAUGGAUUCAAUUUCAUUGAUAAUCCACCGGCGGACAUAAAGCACUUGCUGCAAAUAGAUGCUGCAGAGAUACAAACUUCUUGUAGUUUGAUAAAUUUGUAAUUUUCUUUCUUUGGGCUUAGGCCCCUAUGUUUACCAAAAAAAAAAUAAUGUGAAUAAUAGAUAUAUCGAAUGUGUGGAUAGUUAUUUUAAUAUUAAAAUUUAGGUGAAUAAUU